GACACAGCAGAAGAUAUCCACUCCAUUGACAGCUGUGAGUACAUCUGGGAGGCUGGUGUGGGCUUUGCUCACUCUCCACAACCCAACUACAUCCAUGACUUGAACAGGACAGAGCUGCUUAAGCUCCUUUUGACCUGUUUCUCUGAGGCCAUGUAUUUGCCUCCCUCGUCGGACAGCAGCAAUGCCAACCCCUGGGUGCAGUUCUUCUGCUCUACUGAGAACAGACACGCACUCCCUCUCUUCACCUCGCUCCUGAACAUCGUCUGCGCCUACGACCCAGUGGGCUAUGGGAUUCCUUACAACCACCUGCUCUUCUCCGACUACCGUGAGCCGCUGGUGGAGGAGGCGGCCCAGGUGCUGAUAGUCACCUUGGACUAUGACAGCUCCACCAGUUCAAGUCCCACUGUGGAUGGCACAACCACUGGCACAGCUAUGGAUGAUGUGGAUCCUCCAGGACCAGACAAUCUAUUUGUAAAUUACCUCUCAAGAAUACACCGAGAAGAGGAUUUCCAGUUCAUCCUGAAAGGAGUGGCCCGCUUGUUAUCAAACCCGCUGGUCCAGACCUACCUGCCAAACUCUGCCAAGAAGAUUCAGUUCCACCAGGAGCUCCUCGUCCUCUUCUGGAAACUCUGUGACUUCAAUAAGAAAUUUCUCUUUUUUGUGCUGAAGAGCAGUGAUGUUCUUGACAUUCUCGUCCCAAUCUUAUAUUUUCUCAAUGAUGCCAGAGCAGACCAAUCACGAGUGGGCUUGAUGCAUAUUGGGGUCUUUAUCCUCCUGCUCCUCAGCGGGGAGCGCAACUUCGGGGUUCGACUGAACAAGCCCUAUUCUGUGCGAGUGCCUAUGGACAUCCCUGUCUUCACAGGGACACAUGCAGACCUGCUCAUCAUAGUCUUUCACAAGAUCAUAACCAGCGGGCACCAGCGGCUGCAGCCCCUCUUUUCCUGCCUGCUCACCAUCGUGGUGAACGUGUCUCCGUACCUGAAAUCUCUCUCCAUGGUGGCUGCUAACAAGUUGCUGCAUCUCCUGGAAGCUUUCUCCACUACCUGGUUCCUGUUCUCUGCUGUCCAGAACCAUCAUCUUGUUUUCUUCUUGCUAGAAGUUUUCAACAACAUCAUUCAGUACCAGUUUGAUGGGAACUCCAAUUUGGUCUAUGCUGUUAUCCGCAAGCGCAACGUGUUUCACCAGCUGGCCAACCUGCCCACGGACUCGCAGGCCAUCCAGAAGGGUCUGCAGCGCAGGAAGAAAACGCCGGAGCCGAUUUCCCGCACCAACUCCCAGGAUGGGGUCUCCAUGGAGGGCUCACGGCCUGCUGCUCCGGCGGAGAAGACAAGCUUGGUAGCUACUCCGGGAAUCGACAAGCUCACCGAGAAGUCACAGGUGUCAGAGGAUGGGACCAUGCGUUCACUGGAGCCCGAGUCCUUGCAGCCCCUACCAGAGGGUAACACCCCCUCGGCUGUGAAUGAUGGGGAGCCCUGGACUGGGGAGGCAUCACAGCCCCGACGGGAUCGAAGGCGUCUCUCUAGUGCAUCCUCCACUGGGCAGUGGACCCCAACUCCUGACUGGGUGAUGUCUUGGAAGUCAAAGCUGCCCCUACAGACAAUCAUGCGGCUCUUACAGGUGCUGGUGCCUCAGGUGGAGAAGAUCUGCAUUGACAAAGGUCUCACAGAUGAAUCAGAGAUUCUCAAGUUCUUGCAGCAUGGCACACUGGUGGGGCUCCUACCCGUCCCUCACCCCAUCCUCAUCCGCAAGUACCAGGCUAACUCGGGCACUGCCAUGUGGUUCCGGACCUACAUGUGGGGAGUUAUUUAUUUGAGGAAUGUGGAUCCCCCCAUCUGGUAUGACACAGAUGUGAAGCUGUUUGAAAUUCAGCGGGUCUGAGAGCACUUACCUCUGCUAAGAGAAAUACACUGGAUCUAAGGACUUUGCUGUGUGCUGCUUCAUCACAGCUGUUUCUGCAUUUCACAUCCAGCUGAGAGACCAAAAGGACAAUCGCUUCAUUUACCUCCCUGUCAUUUUAAGCUUUAAUUGGGAUUUGCUUGGACAUCCCUCCCCUCAGCUCACUUCUCUUCCCUUGCCCUUCACCAUGAACCUUGAGUGAAAGAUGUGUAAGGGAUCAUCCACUCUUGUGGUUGCACUAGAAAUCAGACUGUUCUUAGCUCGUAGGUUACUCUUCUGCUCCUCAAGUUGCUUUAGAAACCAAUGUGACGCUGUCCUUGCCCAGGUCAGAGUCAACAUUUAAUUGAAAGACUGGCUGUAAAUUGGGUGCAAGGGAGAAGCUGCUAUUCCUGCAGGAGAUGGGGAUUUGGAAACCUGUGGUUACUUCCAUGUGGCUUCAUAAAGUUUCCAAGGUGUCCCUUCUGACUGCAGAUGUCUCCCAGAUGUCUCACUCGUACAUUGGUGGUAGCAUUUUUCCCAGCCAAAUGAAAGGAGUUGCUAACAGAUAUCUCUGUUCUCAUCUCAGUUCUGAAUCUCUUUACCCCUUUCGUGGAAAGCUGCUUAAGGGGGUUUGCAGUAACCAGUGCAUCAGUGUGGUAUGGGAAGCUCUUCCUUGGCUUCUGGGCCCACCAGCCUGUCCCUCGUGG